UCGGCUGUCACAAACACCUCUCCUCCUCCUCUCUCUCUCUCUUUCUGUCUUUCUCUCUUAAAUCCUAUCAUUUACCGGUUAACGGAGCCGCAGCUUUAACUCUCCUCCUGCAGAAGCUCAAACACCAUCUGGCAGCAACAUGGGAAAUGAAGCCAGUUACGCCCUCGACAUGUGCUCGCACUUUGAUGCUGACGAGAUUAAGAGGCUAGGAAAGAGAUUUAAGAAACUCGACCUAGAUAACUCCGGGUCCCUGAGCGUGGAGGAGUUUAUGUCCUUACCAGAGCUGCAGCAGAAUCCCCUCGUGCAGCGAGUUAUCGAUAUAUUCGACACCGACGGGAAUGGGGAGGUCGACUUUAAAGAGUUCAUUGAAGGAGUUUCCCAGUUCAGUGUCAAAGGUGACAAAGAGCAGAAGCUGCGCUUCGCUUUCAGGAUCUACGACAUGGACAAAGACGGCUACAUAUCCAACGGGGAGCUGUUCCAGGUCCUGAAGAUGAUGGUGGGAAACAACCUGAAGGACACGCAGCUGCAGCAGAUCGUCGACAAAACCAUCAUCAACGCCGACAAAGACGGCGACGGCAGGAUAUCCUUCGAGGAGUUCUGUGCGGUCGUCGGUGGAUUAGACAUUCACAAAAAGAUGGUGGUGGACGUGUGACCCCCUCGCGUCACGACCCAGUGAUUUUUUUGUUUUUUCCCUCCUCCGCCAAUUUACUGAAGAUCUGCUUUGAAGACGUCGUCCAGCAAAAAACGCUCAGUGAAAGAAAAACGA